AUGGUCUUUGAGAAGCUAGGGGGCAGCGACAUGCGAGUCGGUUCAGAAGACAAGGUUCGAGGGGAGCAGUAUGGUUUCCCUGCUUGGCGGAAACUGUUAACACGUAACUUGAAUGUGACUAAAGCCACUGCUGCAUUCCUUUUAGAUAUCGCUCGUUCUGUUUUUACAUCUUUGCCUACUGGCGCGUGCGCGCUUGCGGCGCCCACAGGCGGGGCGCCGUGGUCCGCCAGCGGCCACGGACGCAUCAUCAACGGCACCGACGCCAGCAUCGCCGACUUCCCGUGGAUGGUGUCGCUGCAGCUGGCGGGCGACCACUGGUGCGGCGCCUCCGUCAUCGGCGACAGCUGGGCGCUCACGGCCGCGCACUGCGUCUUCCGGCACGAGGUGGCCGACAUGAGCGUGAGGGCGGGCACGUCCACGCGGGGCAGCGGCGGGGUCGUCCUCAGCGUCUCGCAGGCCGUCAUCCACGACGAGUUCAGCAUCAUUUCUGCCGAAUACGACAUCGCCGUUGUACAGCAACCAGAUUUAAAUGUGUGCGACGCUUACGUUGUGCAGGUUGCUGAGCCCUUCCCGCUGGGCCCCACAGUGCAGCCCGUGGUCCUGCCCGCUGAGGGCUACGACCCCCCGGCAGGGCUGCCCGUCACCGCCACCGGCUGGGGCGCCACCCAGGACGGCGGGGCGGCGGUGGAGCUGCAGAGCGCCGACCUCGAGGUGCUGGACCGGUCCGAGUGCGAGGCGCGCCUGGGCCAAGUCCACCACGUGACGGCCAGCAUGCUGUGCGCCGGACACCCCAGCCGCGCCGUCUGCCACGGCGACUCGGGGAGCGCGCUCGUGCACGCCGGCACGCAGCUGGGGGUCGUCUCCUGGGGGAACUCCAGUUGCCUCGGCCCGGUCGCCGUCUACGGCAACGUCGCCAGCGCCAGGGCCUGGAUCAGGGACACUACUGGAGUCUAG